UUAGCCUUAAAAAAAACAUGGAUUUAAAUUGGUUGAUUUUUUGACCCGACCCAUACAACAUAGCAAUAACCCCUCCCUCUCUCAAGUUGUCUUCUCAGCUCAAUACAAUUUUCCUGUGAAAUUCAUAAAGGAUGAAAUUCAAACGGUGCAUGGGUUCACCAAGUGCUGAUUCCUCUGAAAAUGGAGGUGGCAGUGUUGGAGGUGGAGUUGUUAAUGGCGGUGGAGGUGCAAGUACUCCCAGGAAGCUGACAACCAUUGAUGCUUUAUCUUAUUUGAAGGAAGUGAAAAACACGUUUCCGGAUCAAAAAGAAAAAUAUGACAUGUUCCUUCAGGUCAUGAAAGAUUUCAAGGCUCAAAAGACUGACACUCAUGGUGUCAUAGCUGCUGUCAAGGAACUAUUCAAAGGUCACAACAAUUUGAUUUAUGGAUUCAACGCUUACCUACCAAAAGGACAUGAGAUAAGACUUGAUGAGGAUGAAGCUCCUCAAAAGAAAAAGGUUGAAUUUGAAGAUGCUAUUAGUUUCGUGGGCAAAAUAAAGAACCGAUUCCAAAAUGAAGAGCAUGUUUACAAAUCAUUCUUGGACAUUUUGAAUAUGUAUCGCGAAGAACACAAGACUAUCACUGAGGUUUACAGUGAGGUUGCUACCCUUUUUAAGGACCAUAAUGAUUUGCUCGAGGAGUUCACUAGAUUCUUACCAGAUAAUUCGCUAGAACCUUCCACUCAACAUGCUCCAUUUGGUCAUCGUGAUCUGAGUGUUGAACAUCCUGAUGUGGAUGACGAGGAACCAAUGAACAUGCACAAGGAGCAAAGGAAACGUGAGAUCAGGGAUAUAAGGAAACAUGAUUUGAACUCACUACGCUCUCCUAACAAAAAGAAAUCUGUUAAGAAGGCUGAAGCUAAUGGAUUGUCUUCUGACUUAGCUUCUCAUGACGAUAAAGAUGCGUUAAAGAUCAUGUAUAGUCAAGCAUUAAGUUUAUGUGCGAAAGUUAAGGAGAGAUUGAGCAGCGCUGAGGACUACCAAACAUUCUUGAAGUGCCUUCAUAAUUUUAGCAAUGGAAUAAUAAAAAAGAAUGAGUUACAAAAUAUGGUGACUGAUUUACUUGGAAAGCAUUCUGAUCUCAUGAGCGAAUUCAAUGAUUAUUUGGAGCGUUGUGAAAAUACUGACGGGUUCCUUGCUGGUGUCGCGAGUGAAAAGCCACUCGAUACUGACGGUCAUUUAUCGGAAUCAACCAAGUUGGAGGACGACGAAGACAAAGAACACAAGCAUGAGAUGGAAGUAUCUGAAGAGAGAGAAACAUACAGGGAAAAAUACAUGGGAAAAUCCAUUCAAGAACUUGACCUUAGCGUCGGCAAACGUUGUUCUCUGGGCUACCAGCUUCUACCUACUGAUGACAGGCUGGACAUUUGUAUACACAUUGUGCGCGGUGACAAGUCUGAUGUCAGAGGUUGCAGCGGUCGUAGCCAGCAAUCACAUUGGAGGCAGCGCGCAUGGAUUGGUCUUCUAAUUAUUAUCAAUUUAUUUUUGUUUUAUUUUAAUUUUUUGAACAAGUAUUAGAGAGUUUAGUUUAUUUUAAGAUAUAAGGGAUUUUAGUAAAUUAAUAACUUAAAUGAUAUAAUGAUGUGGAAAUUAAGUAGACAUCUAUAAACUUUGGUCGACAUGUCGUUGUCCGGUCCACAUCAACCUUGAUUAGCUGUUGAUUACAA